CAGUAGUUAUAGUGACACAAUGAUUUCUGUCCCAAGUUUGAUCUGCCUCCUUUUGACUGCGGCGAUGAUCUUUGAUAUGGCUGAAGCAUCCAAGCCUUGUAAAGGAGAGUGGGAACUUAUCUUUCAUGCACCAAGUGGAAACAGGCAAAGCGUUUUGAGGACUUGGAAGACGAAAUACACUAAAUGUGACAUAUUCAACCAAGUAUGCCCAUGUCCCAUUCAUAGGGGAUGCCUUCCUUCUAACUUCCAGCCCGAAAAAUACACUAACCCCCCAAGAAAAAUUUUGAGAAGUCCAUUUAUUGACUACUGGAGUUGCCUCAAUAUUCGAAAGGUCAGAUUUGAGUUAAACACCCGUGGAAAAACAGUGGCAUUCAUUGAAUUUGAUGGAAGAGGUUCAAACUCCAUGAACUGGUUUGACAAGAGCAGAAUUUUGAAAACUAGUUGGACGGACAUGCACAAAUCUGGAAGCUUCAACUUCUUUUCAAUUGACAAGGAAACCCGCUAUAGUAGAAAGUUCUUUAUCAACAAGAAUUAUGGAGGCUGUCAUAGAGAUGCAGGUUGGUUUGUUGUUUCUGAUGUCUACGGAUCCAAACCUUGUAGGUGGGAAAAACGGACUCCAUACCCUCAGUUCCUGUACAGUAAAAAUGGGAAAUUGACAAGAUGGUACCAGAGAAGAUACGGAAAAGCAGAACUUCUCAACAUUUACAUUCAAAGAGGAUAGCCGUGGAAAUUGCAGCAUUAUAACAAAGUAAAAUUGCAUUAAACAACGUGUUACAUAUUUUUGUCUGUUACAUUCAAAGAACUGUUUAACAUGACGGUUUUAAAAUAAAUUUACGUUCAAAUUUCAUUUCUAGAAUUAAACACUCUUCUGACUACACUGA